GUUUCGUCCUUUGCCAACCGUCGAGUCUCGUCACCGCCAAUCCGCUGCCACUUCUUCUCGAACCACUCUCAUCCAAGCACCUACACAAUCAACGACCACCCCUCCCUCUGCCUCUCCGGCCCCAAACCGCCUGCAGGAUUCGAGAAGCGAAGAGCCUUUGUUCCCUCUCGUCCUAUCUAACUUUCUCUUUGUCCCCAAUCUUUCCCGCUCACACCCGGACUCGAGUCUCCACCAAAGGGACCACCUCCUCCUCGUUCCUCCUCCGCCGCCGUUCUCUUAGCCCUCCCGAUCCCGAACAUCCGCCAGCCUCAAAAAAAAUGUCCGGUCUAGACGCCCCCGAAAUCGCCGCUGCCUACGAUGCCGUCCGUUCCGACAAGGACGAGACGAGCUGGCUCCUCAUCUCCUACGCCAGCGCCGUCGGCAACAAGAUGACCCUCACAAAGACGGGCACUGGCGGCCUGUCCGAGCUGGCCUCGGAGCUGGACGACUCACAGGUCCAGUACGCCUACGUCCGCGUCGAGUACGCCAACGACGUCGAGAGCAAGCGCGUCAAGUUCGCCUUUGUCAUUUGGAUCGGCCAGAACACAAAGAUUAUGCGCAAGGCCCGCGUCAGCAUCGAGAGCAGCGAGGUCAAGAGGGUGCUGCCGCACCACAGCAUAACGGUCAACGCCGAUCACAAGGGCGACUUGGACGAGGACGACAUUGUCAAGCGGUUGCGCAAGGCUGGCGGCGCUGACUACAACGGUGGACGCGGCUAGAUGCCAGGCAGGCUCGCUUGACCAGCGAGGAUGACCAAAGGGGGAGAACAAAAAUCUGCACGCAUAUAUAUUUCAAGGGGGAGUUUAGAGAGUGGCUGUGGCUGGUGGGAUUUGAGCUACGAGUACAACGGUAUCUGGCCAGGCGGAGGCGCUUCAGGGAGCGGCAUGCAUACUCUUUUUAAAUACAGCAUACACCUUGGAUAAAUAUUUUGGAACCCAACACGGGGACCCGGCGCAAGUCGAGAGAAUCAAGGGACUUUUAUUUCUUGUCGAGCAAGCCGUCUACUGGUCCCUCGCCCAGUUGCCAGCGAAACCCGAAUGCCUGAGCAUUGAAUAAGGG